CUGAUCGGUUCUCGUGCACUCCCGGAAGUGCCGGUGUGCGCAUGUGUGGAGGGACCAUGUGUGCAUGUGUGAUCAGUUUCUAGCAUUUUCGUCCUUCAGGGUGAGGGUGACGCAAGGGAAAACCACUUUGCUUCAAAAUGGCGAGAGCACUGAAGAGCUUCAUUCCACUGUUUGACCGGGUCUUAGUGCAGAAAUUUGCAGCCGAGACGACAACAAAAGGGGGCAUCAUGCUUCCCGAGAAGGCGGUCGGAAAAGUUCUGGAUGCGACGGUGGUCGCUGUCGGACCUGGAUCACGGAAUUCUAAAGGUGACCUCGUGGCAUGCAGUGUGAAACCAGGAGACAGAGUGCUGCUCCCAGAGUUUGGAGGCACCAAGCUCAAACUAGAAGACCAGGAGUAUCAUCUCUUCAGGGACGGAGACAUUCUUGGCAAAUUCUUAGAGUCCGACAAAUAAUGAUAAGACAUGAUAAGGUCCCAUCACUGUACAACUUUGUUCCAUGUCAGAGAAGAGAAUAUGUGUAGGUGUAUGAAUGUGGUAUACUACUAGUCUGGUAUUGAGAAAAAAGAAAUACAUGUAUGAACAUUUGAAGACAUAUGCCAAUAUUGUCAAAUUCUGAAAGAGUAGAAGACACCCACAAGGGAAGAGAAAAUACCUGGAAGUACAAC